AAAAAAGGUUCCUCCCUUAUCUCGCUUGGUCAAUUAGAAAUUAAAAUUUCUCUCUCCAUACAGUCACUCUCUCGUAAAAAUCAUCUUCGCUCCUUUGCAAAAACCUCCAACUUCCCAAGGGGUUCGCUCCAAUUUUCCUCACAUCAACAACGAAACCUUCCUCAUCUUCAUAGAUCCGCUACUCGAUCAAUAGUACCCUUCAUUUGCAGAUCUUAAGAUCGUUCAUCUCUGUUUAGGAUUUUUCAAGCGACAAUGCAGAGCUCUAACUCAUCAAGUGAAGAACGCAGAUUAGAAGUUCGAAAAUUAGAGAUCUCCGACAAGAACAAAGGUUUCGUUGAGCUAUUGCAGCAACUAACCGUUUGUGAUUCAGUGUCCGACAAAGACUUCGAAGACAGGUUUCAGGAAUUGAGCGCCCUCGGAAACGAGCAUGUUAUUUGUGUCGUAGAGGACGAUCGAUCGGGGAAGAUCAUCGCCACUGGAAGCGUCUUCAUUGAGAAGAAAUUCAUAAGAAACUGUGGGAAAGUAGGGCAUAUCGAAGACGUAGUGGUGGAUUCGAGUGCUCGAGGGAUGCAAUUGGGGAAGAAAAUAGUAGACUUUCUUACGGAUCAUGCCCGCGAAAUGGGAUGCUAUAAGGUAAUUCUUGAUUGCAGUGUUGAGAAUCGAGGAUUCUAUGAGAAAUGUGGGUUCGAACAUAAGGCGAUUCAAAUGGCGAAAUACUUCAAUUGAAGUAGAACUCAUGCCAACAAUUGGGUUUCGAUUUCGACUUUGGAAUUGUAAGUGGAUUUGUCUUUUGCUUUCAUGAAUUUCUUCAAACACAAAUUAUUUGGGUCAUGGUUGGCUCUCACUCUCACAGUCUUCAAAAACGAUAUUCAAUAUUCUGUGGAUUGGGAAAUCUUGACAACAUUUUGUUGUCUACAGAAAUAUUGAUCUGAAAAUGUUAUAAUUUUACGAUAA